GCCCUAUAAGAAGAAAGUAAGAAAAUGAGAAAUAAUUUAAUAUAUACCAAAGUCUCAAUAUAUAUAAUCAAACAGUAAUUCAACGAAGCCAUUCAUUUCAAAUCCACACCUCUCGCUGUCUCAGAACGUCCAACUCCUUUUACUAGCCAGCUACAAAGCUUGAUUCCAUUUUUGGGUUCAUCUCGGACGACAACCACAACAACAACAACUAUGUACGGUGAAAGUAGUUCAGAUCAAUUUGAUCUCAGCCUCUUGGAGUCGAUUAGUCACUAUCUUUUAGAAGAUGAUUUUGAAACCCAAUAUCCAGCUACGUUUCCAGAACAAAUUGUGGAAAAUGUAGCAAACAAGGAACUUCCAUUUGGCCUGAUGGGUUGUUGGAAAACUGAUGUUAUUAGUGUUGAUCAAUGGAUAACCUUCGAUCAGUUGUUUGAUGCAGCGGAGACAGCCUCUGUUACUGUCUCAUUUCCCAGCAGCUGCGAAGUGACUCCUAAGGUGGCAACUACGGCUGCGCCUGCCCCUAAACCCCACGCGGCACCGCCGAAGAAGGUGCAUUAUAUGGGUGUAAGGAGAAGGCCGUGGGGGACAUACUCGGCGGAGAUAAGGAAUCCCAAAAACAACGGUAGGAGGAUCUGGCUUGGUACUUACGAGAGGCCCGAGGAUGCGGCGCUGGCUUAUGACAGAGCGGCUUUCAAAAUGCGUGGCGCAAAAGCCAAGCUGAAUUUUCCACACCUCAUUGGCUCGGAUCAGGUGGAGCCAGUGAGAGUGACCAAUCACAAGCGGCGGUCUUCAGAGCCUUCUUCGUCUUGGUCAUCGGCUCAGUGGCCUUCCUCUUCAUCAUCCAUGUCAUCGUAUGACGGAACCCCCAUGUCGAAACUGAGGAUGAGUGAGAAUAACUCGGCGGUUAAAUCUGAGUUGAGAAGUGAGUUUGAACUAGACAUGCAUCAGUUGAUGCCAACUGAUUUUUGGCAGACCGUUAUCAGUUAAUGGAAGUGUAAAUAAUCUUUUAUGUUUUUUUUUUUUUUUAAUUUCCAUUUUUUUCCAUGAUUUUCAACCCCAGAUCCACAUGGGGUAAAGAUAAAAAUUAAAAAAAGGAAGAAUGGUGAUUUUGUCAAAAUUCGAGAAUACAUUGACAUCACAGGAUUAACUACAUGUAAAAAGACGAUAACAUUCGACUUCCACUUGUUUAAUUACAUUUCCAUAAAAGGGAAACGAUUAAUAUUUUUUAAAAAAAGACGUAUUCACCAAACCCGACUUGGAUUUGGUUCAUUUCACAGCUAGAUGCAACGCCACCUAAUUUAUCAAACUCAACGCCACAUAAUGUAGCCUUGGCUGAAUGGGCUUUUAUUUUUCAUGGAAGAAUUGAUGAAUGUAGCAGUAGAAACAAGUUAAAUAACUGUGGAACAAGCACUGUUACAUUGACACGUAUGCCGGAUAAAGAAUGUAC